UCGCUCGCAUCCCCAACCCCCAAAUCGACCUGAUGUGCUGUAGUGAGUGCCCCUGGUCGGCAGGCAGUCAGCAACAGGUCGUGCUUCGAGCGAGAAGCCGCGCUCUCCGCUCUUUCGCACAGUUGCUGGAUCAGAGUCAAAGGAGGAAAAUCCGGGAGUUGGGCUUUUGGUGGCCGGCACACCGCCUGCCGCCGCCUUCGCCGCCGCGGGCUCAAAAAGGAGGAAAAAAGUCUCGCUUGUUACCAGAGCAAGAGAGUGCGCGUGACUGUGUAUUAACUUUUGCACGGGUGGAUUUGCGAGUAGAUGCCAGCGUCGGCCAUGUUCUCCAAGUUCAAGCACGGCACGGGCGCCCAGAAUGUCCUGGACAGUAACCCGAUUCUGCAAUUCUUCGAGGUGGGCAAACUGCUCGCCAGUGCUGGACCGGAAAUGGUGUGGAAAAUCUACGACGGCUACCGGAAGAGUGACGGCAAGGAGGUCUCGGUGUUCCUGUUCGAGAAGCGAACCGCCGAGAAGCUGCACAAGCCUAAGAGGAAAGAGACGGUGACGGAGAUCUUGCGGGCCAGCGUGCGCCAACUCGAGCGAUUCCGGCAUCCCAAGAUACUGCAGGUGUUGCACUCGGUGGAAGAAUGUAGCGAGACUCUUGCGUUUGCCGCUGAGCCUGUUUACGCGAGCCUGGCCAACAUUCUCGCGUACCAAGAAGAUCGACCCCAAGGGGGACCGCCGCCCCAAGCCCGCGAGUACAGCUUUCUCGAAAUGGAGCUCAAAUAUGGCCUCCUCCAGAUUACAGAAGCACUGACUUUCCUGCACUACUCUGGCCAUGUUCUACACCGCAACGUUUGUCCGGCUAGCAUCCUGGUCACCAAGAAGGGAACGUGGAAACUCGGCGGCUUGGAGUUUACGGAGAGGAUGAAUGAAGUCGACGGCCUAGAACCGGUGCCGUGCCAGCCUUGGACGUCGAGACUGCCGAAAAUGGCACAGCCUGAUCUGGACUACAUAGCUCCAGAAGUUCAAGCUUCGUCGAUGUGUAGCAUUUUGUCAGACAUGUUUUCCCUGGGCAUGGUGAUGUGUGCCAUUUUCAAUCACGGCAAACCACUCAUACAGGCCAACCACAGCAGCUCAACGUACCUAAAACAACUCGACAUGUUAGAAGACCAGAUACACAACGUCUUGCCCAAGGUGCCGAUUCCGUUGCAAGAAGCCGCCUCGAGGCUUUUGAGCAAAGACACGCGGCAAAGACCCACGGCACAACUACUCUCGCUCAUCAAGUACUUUAGUGAUUCGUCUGUUCACGCCUUACAGUUUUUAGAUGUGAUCAACAUGAAGGACCCAACUCAGAAGGCUCACUUCUACCGGAACACACUCAAGGACACCCUUCCGUACAUUCCAAGGAAACUGUGGUACCAGCACGUGUGGCCGUGUCUUUCGCACGAGAUGAAAGCUCAGGAGGUGCUGGCCGCGGUGCUGCAGCCCAUCAUCUACAUCAUCCAGGAAAGCUCUCAGGAGGAGUACGAGAAUCUCAUGUUGCCCCUGUUCAGGAGUGUGUUCUCAGCGCCCAAAUCCAUCCAAGCCACAGUAACUCUUUUAGAGAAUUUGCAUAUUAUUCUAGAGAAAACGCCACCAGAGGAUGUUCGUACCGAGGUACUGCCUAUGUUGUUUAACGCCUUCGAAAGCUCCACUCUGCAAGUACAGAGUGCGGCGCUGGUCGCCGUCACCAACGUGGCAGAGUAUUUGGACGAGACGGCGAUCCGCAAGAUGAUCAUGCCCAAGACCAAGUUGGUCUACGAGAAGAAUUCGGGUGACAUCAAAACAGUGCUGAACGUGCUCUCUUGCGUCGAACGGACGCUGGACAAGCUGGAUCGCUCCAUGAUCAUCGACGAGGUGUUGCCGCUGCUGUGGGACGUCCGGCUCUCCGACCCUGAGGUUAUUCUACGGGUUGUUAAUAUUUACAGACUGAUGUUAAGCGAUAAGAAAUUCGGCCUGUCGGUAAACCUGAUGGCUACUAGGGUGAUGCCGUCGCUGCUGCCCCAGACAGUCAACCCCUCGCUCAAUCUCGAGCAGUUCACCAGUCUGCUUGAGGUGCUGCAAGAAAUGCUCGAUCACAUUGACCGGAACCAGCGAAACAAGCUCAAGCUGGACAACCUGUCCCUGCCGAGCCCCGAGCGGCACCGACCGCUGCGCCACCAGUUCAGCACGGACAACAUGCACGCCAGCCCUCCGUUCAACAUCCCGAACCUGCGAAUUGAGCAGCGGAAGACCUCCAGCGCCGAAGACAUGGCGCGAAAGAACUCAGCCGGCGCAACAAGUUUGCACGGCAUGCUGGGCGGCUGGUGGUUUGGCGGCUCACCGUCGUCGCCCGACAGCAACUUUUUGCGCGUUCACAACGCCUUCCCACCGAACAGGCGUCUGUCAGACAACCAGCUGAUCGGUCCUCCGAAAAUCAGGAUCGCGCCGUCGUGCGCGUCCUCCCCCGGGGGUACGCCCGGGGGAAGUGGGGGCCUCCCGAUCAGGAGGCACUCGAGCAUUGGACCUCAGGAGCGUCGUGGUUCUGCCAUGAAUUUGUCACCUCCCACGGCGUCUUCCUACCACUCUGUGGUUUCACGGGACGGCUCUAGAACUAGUUUAACCGUGCCCGCACCCUAUCUUGCACGGAGCAUGAUAGGCGGGUCGAUGCCGAACACUUCUAGUAGCGUCCCGUUUUUGUUGUCGUCGAGCAUGAGCUCGAUCAGGUCUGGCGGGUCGCGACGCACGUCCGCCUGCCUGGGCCUAUCGGGCUCGCCGGGGGCCUCCUCGGCGGGCCUGCUGCAGCAACUCGGCUCCGGCAUGGUAAGGACCUUGUCUUCCGCAGCCUCCUCAGCCUACAGUUACUCGCCGUACUCCUCCCAGCACCACAGCCCACGAGGCUCUUUUUCCUCGCAGGGCGGUGCCAGUAGCAAUUACCAGCUCUUCUCCGGAAAAUCAUAGGCGGCGGCUGGACGAGCGGCCACCGCAGACUCUUCGCUCUUUCGUUCGCAGCAGCAGCGGCGGCAGCAGCAGCGGUAGCGGUAGCAGUGUAACUCAGCAAUACGCACGCACUGAAAGAAGCAUUAUUUCUCCUCAGCAAGCUCCACUCGCGGGCAGCAAUAUUUCGCUUAUUUUCCCAUUCACUCACCGUAGGAAGAAUAUAUAUUCUACUUAAAAAAGAAUGUUUAAAGAAACAAAUGGCGGAAAAUAGACUAACGCCUGUACCAUGCAUGAAAAUCAAAAGGAAUUCUCGAGAAAGCCGAGCCCAACUAACAGAAAUAACUCUCGUACUGCCACUGAUUGUAUACUCGGUGUGACUGACUUGCAAAAAAUAAUUAAUUAUGUACAGUCCCUGCGAUUAAAUGCGUGCGAGCGAGUGUUUUACAUGGUCUCGUGGGAAAAAACGGUUCUCUUAUUCUUGUCUGUGUGCCCCGACCCUUUGCAGUCGGCUCUCGUGCCGAUUUUUCGUUAGAAUUUGGAAACCUUAUUGCGAUCGAAAUGUAUAAUAAUAAAUAUAUUCUACUUGGCGGUAUUGCAAGCAAUAAGGGGAGGAGGUAUUAAUGAAUAGGACCCUUUCAAUUUCCACUCAUUGAAAAUUAAUUAAAGCAAAGACAUGAGAGAUUUUUCUCAAAUUUGACGAGUACCAAAAAGUAUUUUUGUAACAAAAUUUGAAAGAGGAAGUGCGUCUGUGACCGGUUCUUUGUCGAAAAAAAUUAAAACAAACGCUGUAUUAUGUCACAGGUUUACUAGCUAAAUGUGUGGGUGUGUUUUGACUUAAAAAAUUGACGUGUUAUAUAAAAGUACUGCCCUUUAUUCGUCGCAUUAACAUAAAUAUGUGUGUGUAUUCGUGUCCUUGUACGUCGCUGAGAGGAAACGCAAGCAUUCUGUGAUCUCUAGCUCUAAAAUUUUCAGUUCCGUCUGCUCUCUUUACAGUUACAUGGAAACUCUUACGAUUCAACGUUAUAGUUUUCGGCAAAACCAUUGAAUUUGUGUAGUGUCCAACACCAUCAUCAGGGGGAAAUUUUUAAUUUGACGGAGUUUGCAAGUUAUUCAUUGCCACUAUUUUUUUGAAGAAAAAAUUAAUAAAAUUAUUUAAUCUUUACAUUUUUAAUUAUAUAAAAAAUAAAUAAAAGUCUGCAAGAACAUUUUGGUCAAUGUGGCAAAAAGGGGGAAUUUCAUCAAGCUUUUUCUGAAUAAGUUUCGUUUUUUGCUCUACGAUCAACCAUUAAAAACUUACAUAGCCCAUAACUAACUCUUAUGGGGAAUUUCGAAUUUUUUCCGGACGUCAAAAAUGUCCCACCGAUUGAUUUGUUUCGUUGAAAUGUGCCAACAAGCCAAAUAACAGCUAAAUUGGGCAGAAACUGCACUUAUAAAUUAAUUUUGAAAUAUCUGUCAAUUUUCUUAAAAUCUAAAAAAAUCGCUAAAAUCGUCGAAUCGAAAUAAUUUCCACCGCUUGAGGAAAUUCAACAUUUAAAUGGUUUUGCCAAAAACUAAAGGGUCGAAUCCAAAGAGUUUCCUUGUUAGUCACGUGUGUGUUCCACUCUCCUGUCUGUCUUCCUGAUCGCGCCCUACGGAAAACAUAAUGCGCAAUCUGUAAUCAAAUGCAAACGCUUCAACUGAUAGAUCAAGCAAUAUAUACUCCGCAAUUAAAUUAAAUGCACACUUGAUCAAUAAUAUUGCUAAUGCCGCAAAAGCACUUCUCUAAUAAUUUACUCUGAAGAAAAAAAAAUAUCGCAAUCUUUCAAAUUUAAAUUUGCUUUAGUGGUGUUUAAGCAAAUUUUAGGAUCUUGAAUUCGCUCUUAAAUGAACCUUUUCGGUUCUCACGAAAUUCUCUGAAAAUUUCAAGCACAUUUAACUAUUAGAAUUUAUAUAAAUAUACUCAACCGCCACUUUCUUGACUUGUGAUCACCAAAAGAAAAAAAAUCAAUACGCUCGCAACUAUUUCUAAGACAUGCACUGUAUAUCUACCAAGUACAUAAUAUUUUGAAAAAAAAAACUUCUAAUAGUCUAAUUCCUAAAAAUAAUAAUUCAGCGGUUUGCGCAAUCUCGAGGGGCUGAUGAUAUACAUAUAAAUCGUUUUUCAUUUCCCCCGCUCGCUUGUGUGUAUUCCCAGGACUCCACUUGUAACGUUUAAAUUAUAAAUAUAUAAUACUCCUUUCCUAUCAAAGUUCACAGACGCUUGACCGAUGAUAUUUUUGAUAUAUUGGUGACUGUAAUGUAAGCAAGCAGUGCAGAGUAUUCGACCAAGAGAUGUAAUGCAUGUUUAUUGGCUCGGGGAAAAAAGAAUUAUUAUGUACCAUUAUUUGUAAGCUGACUACAAAAACAGGUAGAGACUUGUUGAUUGUUAACCCCGUAAUUUAUGCGCACACUGCAUUAUGAUAUUUGGAAACAGAGACUUUGUAUACAAGAGAGACAUGCUGUUGGAUUUCAAAACUCACCACGAGAGCUUACCCUGAGAGUGAUUGAUCUCGCCUCUUAUUCAUUGUUUACGACAUUCUUCAAGAGAUCCGGGGCUCUGAAGCGACGGAAUUUUUCCUCAUGUAGCCAAAAUUUUAUAAACGUGAACACACGAUGUAUAUCAUAACGAGCGGGAAGGACGAGGAUUGUUAACAAAUGCAUCAGAUUCGUGGCUCUAAUAAAUAAAUUAUUAAAAUCUGAAACCAAAA